AUGAGGCUCUCCGCCGUUGCAGCAGCUGUCCUUGCAACCACGGCUGCUGCUCUGCCCGCGAGCAUCCCUGCUGCGUCGAAAGGGACGGGAGUGCCGCCCCCUCCUGCGAAUGGCAACGCUCAACCACCUCACGGGGCUGGUAACGUCCCACCACCUCCGGGGAAUGGUCACCCCCCUCCACAUCCAGGCAACGGCAACGGUCAACAGCAUGGUGGCAAAGGUGACGAUCAACAACACGAUAGCAAUGGCAACACACAAUCACCUUCGGGGAAUGGCAACACACAAGCGGCGGCACAACCGACUGCCACUGUCACUCCAACUCAGGGCGGUGGCAAGCGUGAGGCUCCUCCGCCACACCCGGAGAAGACCCCGGUGCCGCCCAAAGAAAAUCACGGUGGUGGUUCCCCUCCUCAGCCCAGGAACGGCCAUGGCGAUGGUACUCCCCCUCAACCCAAAAAGGAACAGCGUGAUGCCCCAUCCAACCCUCCGAAGGACAACGGCGGUGGUCAAUCACAGAAUGGCCAAGGCGGUGGUCAGUCACAGAACGGCCAAGGCGAGGGUCACCCCCAGAAGGGCCACGGCGAUGGUCAGUCCCAAAAGGGCCACGGCGACGGUCAGUCCAAGAAGGAACAGCGUGAUGCCGCGCCGAACCCUCCGAAGGGGGGCCACAAGCCGCCCAAGUAG